UCUACAGCUUAUGGUACCAAGAAGACUCCGUUUCUGCAGCAAGGGUGGAGAACUGAAGGCCAAUGGUUGCCCUCUCUGCAUCGUGGGAUGACAGGUCUUCAGCUGAGUCUCCGAUGUCUAGUUGAUGGUGCUCCCCAAGUCCCUGUCGACUGUCCUGUGGGUCAGGAAAAACUGGUGCUUGAACAGGUACCCCACGGGGUCACAGAGGAGAACACAAUGCUCAUCAUUGGAGGGUAGGUAGGCCUACCAGCUCAUCUACAGAAGCUCCUGACAGCAGCUUUGGUUCGGAAUGAUACCAUGGUACAACCAGCCUUGAGACAGUCCUGGAGAGCAUAGUGAAGCACAGAUCUUAGGAUAAUUAAGGUGCAGCCCCCCGUGAAGCAAUAACAAAACAAAUGCUGGACCAGGGAUUCCUGCCAAGACAAAUAUUAGGAAAACAAGCACAAGACAUAAAAGAACGUUUGAAGAAUCUGCCUGAGAACAUGGAAAAAGGCAAUCACUCUACAGUGACCAAAUUCUUCCUCUCUGGCUUAACAGACCAACCAGAGCUGCAGCUGCCACUCUUCCUCCUCUUCCUUGGAAUCUACCUGCUCACAGUGCUGGGGAACCUGGGCAUGAUCAUCCUGAUCCUGCUCAGCUCACACCUGCACACCCCCAUGUACUUCUUCCUCAGCAGUCUGUCCUUCAUUGACCUCUGCCAAUCUACUGUCAUUACCCCAAAAAUGCUGGUGAAUUUUGUGAUGGAGAAGAAUGAAAUCUCCUACCCUGAGUGCAUAACUCAACUUUGCUUCUUUGUCAUUUUUGUUGUUUCAGAAUGUUUCAUGCUGGCUGCAAUGGCAUAUGAUCGCUAUGUUGCCAUCUGUAGCCCCCUGCUUUAUAGUAGCAUCAUGUCUCAACAUAAGUGCUUUUCUCUUGUUUUAGGAGUUUACAUUAUAGGCAUAGUUUGUGCAUCAGCUCAUGUAGGGUGUAUAUUUAGAGUUGAUUUCUGCAGAUUUGAUGUGAUUAACCAUUAUUUCUGUGAUCUUAUUUCUAUCCUUAAGCUCUCAUGUUCUAAUAUUUUUGUGAAUGAGCUUGUAAUUCUAAUUUUUAGUCUAAUUAAUACCAUUUUCCCAACCCUGACCAUCCUCAUUUCUUAUACUUUCAUCAUUAUCAGCAUCCUGCGGAUUAAAUCUACUGAGGGAAGAUCCAAAGCCUUUAGUACCUGCAGCUCUCACAUCUCAGCUGUUGCUGUCUUUUUUGGUUCUGCUGCAUUUAUGUAUCUGAAACCAUCAUCUUCAAGCUCCAUAGAUGAGGGAAAAAUAUGUUCCAUAUUCUAUACCAUCUUUGUGCCUAUGCUCAACCCCCUAAUCUAUAGUCUGAGGAACAAGGAUGUCAAUAUUGCUCUGAAGAAAAUAAUAGAAAGAAGAUCAUUUUUCUGA